GGACCUGCCCCUCGGUCGAUUCCUUCCUGUUUCCUCCUUCGCAGCAAAGAACUUAGAGCGGAGCCUGCAGCUUCACAACAGGGGCGGUCAGGUGUGUCUGUGCAUCAGGUUGGGCGAAGAGUCAGAUCGACUGCGAGUCGCUGCCCUCACAGGUUGAACUGAAAGAUGGCUCUGUAUCCAUCACUAGAGGACCUUCAGGUCUCCAAAGUAAUUGAGGCUCAGUCCACCAUUGCAGCCAAAAUGGCCUCGGUGGCAAUUGAAGCCACACCAGUGGCAAUUGAAGCCACACCGGUGGCAAUUGAAGCCACACCAGUGGCAAUUGAAGCCACUGCUGAAAAUGCUCUGUACCCAGACCUUCAGGAGCUGGGUGACUACAUGGGUCUAGACCUGAACAGUGAGAAGCUACAGGAAGACAUGUCCCUGGUGCCCGUCACUGACUCUGGGCAGGUUGCUGGUGGUCAGUCUACCCUGGGUAACAUGAUGGCCCCGGUGACUGGGAACAACAUGGGGCUCCACCGGGCGGAGAUUAAAGCUGGUGUCCGCGAGGUGACCCUCUGCAAGGACCAGGACAGAAAGGUUGGACUCCGCCUGCGCUCCAUCGACAGAGGAAUCUUUGUCCAGCUGGUGCAGGCUAAUUCUCCUGCUUCUCUUGUUGGCCUGAGAUUCGGGGACCAGAUCUUGCAGCUGGAUGGGAAGUUGUGCACAGGCUGGAGCACUGACAAAGCUCACAAGGCGCUGAAACAGGCACCAGACGACAAGAUCUUGCUUAUUGUCCGAGACCGGCCAUUCCAGAGAACGAUCACGAUGCACAAGAAUAGCAACGGGCACGUUGGCUUCAUCCAGAAACGGGGGAAGAUCACCUCCAUUGUGAAGGAUAGUUCGGCUGCCAGGAAUGGGCUUCUGACCGGUCACAACAUCUGCGAGAUCAACGGCCAGAAUGUCAUUGGACUGAAGGACUCUCAGAUCAUGGAAGUUUUAGCCAUGGCGGGGAUCACGGUUACUCUCACGGUCAUGCCAAAAGCUGUCUAUGAACACAUGGUUAAACGGAUGUCCUCUGGUCUUGUCUCGCGGAUGGACCACUCCACCCCAGAGGUGUAAGGCUUUGGACUCACUCUGGCUCUUCUUCAGUGAGGAUCGGGUGUGGACCCAUCUUCUGUCGCCUGACCUCUCCUCAACUCUCUUCUCAUCUGUAUGUUGUUUAGAAGUGACGAGGGUUUGCAGCAAUCCGUGCUUCAUGCUGGCCUCGCCUUCUCUCCCGUAAAUCUCGUCAUUUUUAACAAUUUGCAGUUAAAUCACUGUGACCAUGUGGGUUUCUUCCAGGUGCUCCGGUUUCCUCCCACAUCCCAAAGACAUGCGGGUUUGUAGGUUAAUUGGCCUCUGUAAAUUGCCCCUGAUGUGUAGGGAGUGGAUGUGAAAGUGGGAUAACACAAAACUAGUGUGAAUGGGUGAUCAAUGGUCUUUGUGGACUCAGUGGGUUAAAGGGCUGGUUUCUAUGCUGCAUCGUUGAAUCCAUCAUUGAAUUCACGGUAGCAUUCCCAAUGCAUUUAUUUGCUAAUGUAAUCAAGGAUAAACUUUACCAUCUUCUCACUGCUCCCAUCUGGAAAAGUACAGAAGCCUGAAAGUGCACCACCAGACUCGGGAGCAGCUUCUUCCCCUCUUAUCAGGCUUCUGAACGGUCCUUCCAUUAGGUAUGUUAGUGUCCGACUCACCGCUACCCCAUUAUGGACAUUGGACUUUGUCUAUGGAACUGACGCACUACAAUGUUAAGAACUAUAUCUUGCAAUCUGUAUCUUCCCCUUUGUUCUACAUAUUGUACUUGAGUUUAGCUGAUUGUAUCUAUGCAUAGUAUAUCUGAUCUGUUUGAAUAGCAUACAAAAACAAAGCUUUUCACUGUAACUUGGUGCAUGUAACAAUAAUAAACCUAAACCUACAAUCAG